UUGUCCAAACGUAGGUCGGAGCACUUCAACUUACGGUUCUCGGCAUUUCUCUUUAUUCUUUUCUUUUCUUCUUUGAUUCCUGCUUCUUACUUGCGGCGGACGACCAAAUACUCAGGGUGACGAGGCAUCAAUGCUAGCUACGGUGUGAAGAAGAGAUUACAGUGAGGGUUAUAUCUGAAGCUCUAUCAACCUUAUAAGAAGCAUGGCUAUCGAGUUGAAGCUGCUAAUCGACAAGGAGAAAAACAGAGUCGUGUUUGCAGAAUCCAAUACAUUGUUCGUCGAUGCCCUCUUCAGCUUCUUGACGUUACCAAUAGGUAGCAUGAUUCGACUGAGCAGCAAGAAAUCCAAUGUCGGAAGCAUGGAUGCGUUGUAUGAGAGUGUAGAGAAUCUAGAUUCUCGGUAUCUACAGACAGAGGCUGUGAAGGAUAUGUUGCUCCGCCCGCGAAGCGGUUUGGAGGCUCGAACCAAGGAUCUAGCGCUAAAUGUCGAUGGAGAGCUUACAAGGUAUUACAUAUGUGGAUUACCAUGCAUCGGUGAGUCCCUCGACCCCUUGAUCAGUACUGCUAAGAACGUCCGAUGUCACUGUGGACGAGCGAUGGAUGUAGAGUUAGUUGUUAAGAAGUCAGAACCAGUUGCUGACGGUAACGAUGAGGGAGUCUUUGUGAAGGGAUUGAUGAUGUUCAUGAUAGGCGAUGAUCUACGGGUGGGCCCCAUUUCCAUGAAGAGCUUCUUGUCGCUGCUUGACAAGCAUGGAAUCAGGGACAGAGCCGCUCUCGAGGAGAAGACUGUGGAUGUGGGUGCCGAUGAGGCUUUGCAUAUACUGAGACGAUUGUUGGUCUCCAACACACCUUUGACGGACGUGUUUCUUCCGAAGCCAGGGGCUGUUGAGGAUGCUUUUGACGCCCUAAAGCUGAGCCCCAAAAACAUAGCCAUAGAUAAGAAAGACACAGGCAAGAAGAUGAGCUUGGAGCUUCUGAUCAGCAAAUCCAAGAACAAAGUGUUGUACGCAGAGGCCACAGAGGACUUCUUGGACCUUCUGUUCAGCUUCCUCACCUUCCCUCUUGGGUCCAUAGUAAAGCUCUUGGGCCCAGGUUAUUCCAUUGGAUGUUUGAAUAACUUGUACCAGAGUGUGGAAGAUUUGAGUCGUGACGAUAAUUGUAUCAUAGCCGAGGAGUGCAGGGCCAUGCUACUUGAUCCCAAGCUAGCGCUUCACUCCGGGUGUGAGAACCAGCUAUUGCCUAUCAUGGAGGGGGGCCCUAAGACAAUUCAUGGGAAUACACGUUGCAUUUUCUGUGACCUCGACGGCAAAAUCCACUAUAAGGAUAUUUGCCCAUUUAUUGGGAAAUCUGUAUUGCAUUUCAUAAAUCCGAAGUCCAGUGAUGCAACCACUGAUUGUGGAGGAGGAUUUGUGAAGGGACGGAAGACGACAUUCAUGGUAACAGAUGGGUUGGAUGUGAAGCCUCUAUCACUUAUUUCAGGCAUUUCCAUCCUUGACAGAUUCGACGUGCCCAUCAGCGAUGUGGAGGAGCGAGUAGUAAGCGUGGGAGAGGAGGAGGCACUCUCUCUACUGAAGGCUUCUUUGUUCUCCAGAACAGUUCUGAGUGAUGUCUUCUGUCAGAAGAAAGUAAAUCAAUCUGAGAUCAAAUCUAAGAUCAAAUUGGAACGCCAUUGAAUGGCUAGGAUCGUCUUAUGUACUUGCUAUGACUGUAUCCACCCUCUUUUGUUGUUAUACAUACUGGGAUUUAUAACUGAUAUAUGGGUGUUUGAAGCUCGAUAGGCUAUACUUGCCAACUUUGGAAUUAUGAGACAUAUAUGAUGUGCACCGGGUGUCCUCCUGGCCUGGAAAGUAAGGGCAGUAUGCCAAUCAGGUGGACCACAAGUAAGAAGAAAAUGUAUGGUUGAAAUUUGAAAACUUGCCGAAGUUCAAUAUUCGUUGUACAAAUGAUUUUUAUUAGAAUAUAUAUCCUGAUGUAUUGGAGUAACAUAGGUAGAGCCUCUAGUCGUUUGAUGGUAAAACGGAUAUUCCCAAAAUUA